AUGUCGUCUAGAAAGAAGGUUCUCUUGAAGGUCAUCAUCUUGGGUGACAGCGGGGUCGGAAAGACUAGUUUGAUGAAUCAAUAUGUCAACAAGAAGUUCAGCGCAAGUUAUAAAGCUACAAUCGGGGCCGACUUCCUAACGAAGGAGGUGUUGGUUGAUGACCGUCUGGUCACCAUGCAGUUAUGGGAUACAGCUGGCCAGGAAAGGUUCCAGUCCUUAGGUGUUGCUUUUUACAGAGGCGCGGAUUGCUGCGUGCUGGUCUACGAUGUCAACAAUUCAAAGAGUUUCGAUACCCUCGAUAGUUGGAGAGAUGAAUUCCUGAUCCAGGCUUCGCCAAGGGACCCCGAUAACUUCCCAUUUGUUGUACUUGGAAACAAGAUUGAUGUGGAGGAAAACAAAAGAGUGAUAUCUUCCAAACGCGCGAUGACUUUCUGCCAGUCGAAAGGUGGUAUCCCAUACUUCGAGACCAGUGCGAAGGAAGCUAUCAACGUAGAACAGGCAUUUGAAGUCAUUGCAAGAAAUGCUUUAGCUCAAGAAGAAUCCGAGGAAUUUAGCGGCGACUUCUCAGACCCAAUCAACAUUCAUAUCGAGAAUGAUAGAGAUGGAUGUCCUUGCUAG